AUGCGAGCCAGAAGCACGCUGCUUGAGAUGAGCAAAGCUUUUACAGAGCAAGCGCUACCCACCUUACAGGUCUAUUCCAAUGGUAAUUUGGUUGGGAAUUUCGUGAAAAUACCUUCUCUGUUGAGAGGAGAAAUUGAUGUCAAAUCAGUCAGAAAAUUCCUCAGAAGGCAACAUAUCGACUUGGUAUAUGGUAAUUACACGACUGACUCGGAGUGCUCGACUGAUGAAGACAUUGAUUGA